UGGGGUCUGUCUGUCUCCGCAACCAGCAAACCAAACUCCACAAAGGUGUCGGACAAGGAAGGAGCCGUCUUCAACACAACACACACAGAACAAUGGGGAGUCUGUUUAGGAGGAUAAUGUAGGUCUUUCCUUUUUUUAUAUAGAUAAUUCAUUGGACGAUAUAAUAUUUAUUAGUUUAAUGGAUCAAUCAUCAACGAUGAGGAGGUUGAUACUGGCCGCGUUCGUCCUCUCUACCCUACCGACAGAGGUGCACAGUGUCCAGGUGAAUGUUCCUCAGACAGAGAGGAGUACAGCUCUGUUUGCCUCCGUCAUCCUGAAGUGUGACUACUCCACCUCCGCUAACCAGCAGGAUGUCCAGGUCACCUGGCGAUACAAGUCCUUCUGCAAGGACCCCAUCCUGGAGUAUUACUCCCAAGCGUACCAGAAUGCGCUGCAGCUGGGUCAGGACCCGGCCAAUGACUGCCCAGACCGCCAGCGCACGGUGAGGAUCAUCGUCCAGAAGAGAGGCACCAACGAGGCCAUACUGGGCACAGAGUACCGGGAACGCAAGAUCUCCGUCCAGAACAAGGCUGACCUGGUGAUCAAUGAGAUCAUGUGGUGGGACAACGGAGUUUACUACUGUUCUGUGGAAGCCACAGGAGACACCAGCGGCGGCUUGGAUGGCGUGAUCAGCCUCAUGGUCUACAACUGGCUGACGGUGCUGUUCAUGGUGAUUGGAGCUCUGCUCCUCAUCCUGCUCUUCUGUAUCUGCUGCUGCCAGUGUUGUCCUCAGAGGUGCUGCUGCUACGUCCGCUGCCCCUGCUGCCCACAGACCUGCUGCUGUCCUGAGAAAGCGGUGAUGCAGCACAGGAUGAUGAAGGAUGCCCAGAGGGCCAUGGGUCCAUGGAUGGGAGGUCAGCCUAUGUACAGCCCCAUGAGCCACGGCUCCUCACAGAUGAACCCUCUGCUGUAUGCAGGCUCCCAAUCAGGGAAGAGCAUCGCCAUGGCCCCCAUGCCCCUCCCCCCUCCACCGUCCGGCUACAACAUGCCCCCCAGUGUCCAUGCUGCCAGCGUCUACGGCAACCAACAUCCCGGCAACAAGCAGAUGCUGGACUACCUGGAGAGCCAGGUGAGGGGCAUGGAUGGGACCAGCCCCAUGAUGCAGCCCCAGCCCCACCACCAGCAGCUCCAGAUGAUACCCCCUCCCCCUCAGUACAUGAUGCAGCCCCAGCAUGUCCCCUUCUCAGCGGGUCCUCCCAGCAUGCUCUCUGGCCUGGACGACGGGGCCGUGGAGUACCGGGGGGUCAUCCAGAUGCCUCCCAUCAUAGAGCAGCCUGGACGAGGGGGUCGGAGAGGGGGCCAGCCGCCGUUUGCUCCUAAAACACGUCCACCCAGCUCCAGAGAAAGCAGCCGCAGUGAGAGUCGCUUCACCAAUCACCGUGACGACCGCAGCGAAGCCGGCGGGCGCAGUUACCCGUCGCCGCCAAGGAGCCAUGGCAUGCCAAGGAGCUACAGCGAAGACUUUCUGGACGGGGAGAGCCGGGGGGCGCGAGGUCGAACGGGUUCACGUGACGACCUCAGCGACAGGGUCCCUCGAUCCCGCUCCAGAGACGACCUGUUUGAGGAGCAGCGUCGCGCCCCGCCUCCCAGCAACUACUCCCGCUCCCGCAGGGGGUCGUUCAGUUCAGAUGAGGAUGAAAACAGCAGGAGAGGAGAGGGCAGAGGUCACAGGAGAGGAGGAGGAGGAGGAGGAGGAAUGUAUUCGGACACCCCACCCAGCUAUUCUGAAUACGAGCCGGGACAGAAACCACCAAGGAGGAAUGAGCAUUACUCUGUUAAAACUCUGCUUUAGUUAGUACACUGAAUACACACUCCUAAACACACACACACACACACACACACACACACACACACACACACACACACACACACACACACACACACACACACACACACACAACCCCUUCAAAAGCAUUUACCUGCCAUAGCCUGACAAUGGCAUUUGAUCCAUGCCUUCAAUUACACAUAAUCAUAUUAUCACGCAGAUAUGAAAGAAUCACUCACAAAGACACAUGGGUGCAUACUACUUGGUCUCGUUACUGCUUCCAUUCAGGGAGGCUUUAAAUAAUGUGUCCCGCUACAGGGCAAGAGUUCUGGCAGGGGCACUGUGGUCAUCUGAUCUGGGCUCUCACUGGCUACCUCUCCUCUCCUUCUGCUGAAUGCCAUUACAACAGCCCCCUCUGCUGGUUGAAUGGAUAAGUGCAGAUAAGUGCCCAAUCUUAACAAUCUGUUGUGUAAACAAAAGCUGUGUGUGCAAUACAGUAGUCAGUCAGCCAGUCAGUCAGCCAGUCAGAGUCAUCAGCCAGUCAGUCAGCCAGUCAGUCAGUCAGCCAGUCAGUCAGCCAGUCAGUCAGUCAGCCAGUCAGCCAGCCAGUCAGUCAGUCAGUCAGCCAGUCAGUCAGCCAGUCAGUCAGCCAGUCAGUCAGUCAGUCAGCCAGUCAGUCAGUCAGCCAGUCAGUCAGUCAGCCAGUCAGUCAGCCAGUCAGUCAGCCAGUCAGUCAGUCAGCCAGUCAGCCAGUCAGUCAGUCAGUCAGUCAGUCAGCCAGUCAGCCAGCCCUCAACAGUAGAUGAGCAGUUGAAAGGCUCAGCAUUGGGAAAUCAGAGACUGUAGAAAGAGCUGAGGUUGGGCAAUUUUGCAGAGCUAAGCAAUUGUCUCAGGUCACACUGUCAUGUCCUCCUCCACCCUCUUUCUAUCUCCUCAUAUUGUGCUAUUCUAAUGGGGAAGGAAAGAGGGAUGAAUGACAACAUAUGAAAGAGCUGAAGUUGGGCAAUUUUGCAGAGCUAAGCAAUUGUUUUUGGUCAUCAGCCAUGUUGUCCUCCUCCUUCACCUUCGCUCUUUGUUUUCCUCCAUCGGCCCUACAUCUCUCCAUCUUGUAUUAUCCUAACGAGAAAGAAAGGACUAAAGAAAUGAAUGACAACAUAUGAAAGACUUAGAAAGCACGAAUGAUAGCUGGCGGCAUGCAAUUCGACAUGUCGAUCUGAUUUUCCAGAUUCAUACUCUAGAACGUUUACAAUUUCUUGAACGUUUUUGAAGUUACUACACAUAUCUUAAGUUGACGUUUUGAAGGGUAUUUUGGUUUUAUAUUUGACAUUUUAUUUGUAUUAUUGCCAUAACAUUGUUAACAGAUGAGAAUAAUACAUAAUAUGCCUUAUUUAAUUGUUUGUCAAAAGUAAACCAUAAAACAAAAUCUUUCCUGUUUGUUUUUAGCCAUAGCCUAUGUAGGCUUGUAUUCCAUGAUCACUCAGGUCCCAUUUCUACAUGUUGUACAUGUAAAUAGUUUGAAUUGUGCGCUCUGUCUGGACAUGUUGACUUGUGAAUAUUCAGUUAUGUAGGUAUCGAUAUGGCUCACGAUAUUUCACAUGUGAGGAAAAUGAGCAAAGACUAUGUGCUGUUACGUGAAGUCAGUUUGCUUAGGGACUUAUGCUAUUAGAGAAAGCAAAACCACCACCAUCUCCUCAGGGGGAACUAGGCUUCGAUGUGAAGAUCACAGCUGUAUGAUUUGAUGUCUCUGGAUAGAGAAUGGUGGUGGUGUAAGUUACUCCCUCUUAGGGACAAUGAAGGAAAUGCUUUCAAUAAAGUUAUUUUAUAGAUA